AUGAGUUCGCCUUUCAAUAAUCGUCGCAAGCCGCGAAAAAUCGGCACCGAGGACGAGGAGGAUUCUAUAACAGAUCAAGAUAAUGGACCUGUCGUAAAAAGACCAGGAAAUAUGAAAUCCAAGCAAAAAUCGAAACUGCGUCUCUCGUUCGGUCCUGGUGAAACAUCAAUGACGGAUGAUGGCGGCGAUGGCAGUGAAGUCGUGACUCCCAAAAGACCGGGUCUCGGUCGUCGCGUGCUCGAGAAAAACACGCUACAGAAAGCAGCAAGUGCGAGUGGAUCGAACCAGCAUCUACCCUUUCGAGUUGGACAGGAUCAGGAUAGACCGACAUAUGGGGAUGAUUACAUCAAAGAAUUACGAAGCUCGACGCCUUCUACGCCGAAGGCAACGGAUAGUGACUCGGCUGGAAAUAAGAGUGAGCGGAACGUAAUUGAUGUUGCAGCGAAAUUUGGAGAAAUAAUGGAAACAUCCGGUGCUAUGGUCAUACCCAGUGAAGCGGAAAUCCGAGAAAAGAAAGCCCGCAGAGCGCGCUUGGCAAAUGAGCAAGAAUACAUCUCUCUGGACGAUCCAGAAGAGGUGGAAGAAGAUGGCUAUAUGACCCUUGACUCUCGUAAAGAGCAGACUAGGCUAGUCCGGGAUGAUGAGGAUUUUGCAGAAGGGUUUGACGAGUUUGUGGAAGAUGGCAAAAUAUCUCUCGGACGAAAAGCAGAGCGAGAACAACAACGAAAGAAUCGCGAGCAGAUGCGUGAAAUGAUCAACGAAGCCGAAGGAACCUCAGAAGAGGAGGACUCGGAUGCAGAACGUAAUGCAGCAUACGAGGCUGCGCAGACUCGUGCGGGCAUGGACGGUCUGGGACACGACAAAGAUGACCCGGCCAGGCCCAAAACACCGCCAAAAAUCACCCUUUUGCCAAAUAUAUCUAGCGUCAUAGGCCGUCUUCGUACCACGUUGGCAGAAAUGGAGAGCUCGAAGAAGGUCUUGGUCGAUCGCAUGGAGGAGCUUCGUAAGGAGAAAGCGGACAUUGCCAUCCGGGAAGUUGAAAUCCAGACUCUUAUCAAGGAGGCAGGUGAAACGUAUGAGAAGCUUCGAGUGGAAGCCGGUCUUGUUCCUGGUGAAGAUGGAUUACCCGGAGAUGUUUCUUCAACUGACCGGGGCUUAGAAAGCUUGGGAACUUCAGUGGUGGUAUCCCGAGUUGAGUCUGAAGCCGAGUAA